AUGGAUUGGCUGAAAUCGUUCGUCAAGCCAACAACCACCAAGGCAGAAUGUUGGAGUGCCACGCGCACACCACUCGCGGUGGCCAAAUUUAGAGCCCUCUUCAAGACCUACACCGAGACCAAGGGAGAACAGGACAAGCUGGUGCAACUGAAGAAGGUGCUCGCACUCUUCGUGCAGCUCUACGCCAUUCCAAAAGUCGAUGACCCUCACAUACUCCUCGAAACGUUUGGAGACACGAAGGACUUGGCGUUCGCCACGUCGCGCUUCUUUGUGCGACAAUUGCGCGCAGCUUGGAAGGACUGCGCCAGCAGAGAGCAGCGAGCACGCGCGCUGGCCGAUCUCUUCGCCUCAGCCGACAUGCAGGACGUCUUCGAUGCCCUCGAAGUGCUGGCAUCCGAGGCCAACGUGCGCAACAUGAUUGGCGCAUCGCUGCCCUCCAUGCUUGUCGAGGUGUUUGAUGUUCUGCUGCCGCUCGGCUCGCUGCAGAUCGCCAAACGGUCGGAGCCAGAGCCCGCUGAGGCCUGGCUCUCACGCCUCUUGCUCCAAUGCUGCAAGAGCGAUGCCAUCGUGGACGAGUUGCAAAAGUCGGACACGCUCUGCUUGCUCCUUGACAUGGUCGCCAGGCCUGCUCCGCUGCUGCGAGUGCCGCACCUCCGCAAGCGACUCGCGGGCGCUGCCGGGCUCGUGCUCGAGCACAAACUGGACAAGAACACGAUCGCCCACAUUCGCCACCAAACCACCGCCGACGGGCAAACACAGCACACCUUGGCCGACCAGUUGGCGAACUUCAAGAACUUUGAACAGUUCGAGAGCCUGGAGGCUCUGGCUCUCGUGCUUUCCCACAUCAUUCGCAUUCUCCGCCUGAUGGAGGACUUUGCAGCGGCGCGCGGCUACGGCGUGGUGGAGCAACUGUUGACCUAUCUGGACCGACUGGUCGACCCCGGCGACAACACGGGGUCGCCGCACAGUGAGCAAGUCGCCAACCACCACCACCAGCCGAUCAUCGAAGAUCGCGACGCGCGGCUCGCGGUGGCGAUGAACGUGAUCGAGCAGAUCGGCGAGUUCGUGUGGGUCGGGUCUCGACCGCUGGAGCUGCCCGAGGACGACCUCCUGGUCUACUCGCCCUACAACGAGGACUCGCUCCCGCCACCGGCCUCGGCCGCCGGCGACAAGGGCAAGGAGGGCUGCAUUCGCAACAUGGAACCUCUCAAGAUCCUACAAAAUUUCGUUCUCGAGGGCACGAACAGCAUGCUACGGCUGCGUGCGAUCGAUGCGCUGCAAUCCACCCUCUCGGCCAGCCCUGCGAACUGGUGGCUCAUGCAGUCGAUCCGCCCGCUGGCGCCUCUCAUCGAGCGCAUGGACUCCAUGGACAUCGUGCUCCAGCAGGCUCUCACGCGCCUCCUGCUGUACAUCGCCACCGUACACAACUUCGUUCCGUUCCAGGAGCUCGCCAGCCUGUUUUCGCUGCUGCAGACAAAAGCUGAUAUUACCACGCUCGAGCUGAUUGUAAAUACGGCCAAGCGGCUCUUGAGCUCCAAUACUCAGUACACAAGAAUUUUUGUGGAGGCUGGCCUGCUGGAUCAGCUGGUCGCGUGCUUUCACAAGCUCGACUCGUACCCGGUGUCGUCGCUCGUCCAGCUUCUCGCGUUGAUGCGCAUUCUGCUCUCGCCGUCGUUCCCCAACAACUUUCACCUCUUCCGCCAAGCGGGUGCGGAUCGCAUGCUCGAGAAAUUGCUGCUCGACGCCGAGCGACGGCCAGUCGCCCUGCGCCUCUAUCGCACCCUGCUCCGACACGACCGCGAACACACGGCGCGCGACAUGCUCGCCCUGGUCGAACUCCUGAAUGCCGGGUGCAAGCACGACCCCGUCGCCUCGGCGCUGCUGCGGCGCGACAUCCUGGCCAUAUUGGCCGAGGAAUUCGACGGCAACGCCUCGCUCAAGGCACAUUCCACACCUCCAUUCACCACAUUCCAUCAGGCAGCAUAG